AUGGCCUUUCCAUAUAAGCGAGCACUUAUUGUUGGAGCGACGGCGGGAAUUGGCGCUGCAAUGGCAGAUCACCUCAUUCACCAAGGUGUCAAGGUUAUUGCUGUCGGACGUAGACAGCAGCGACUGGACACGUUCGUUGAAAAGCACGGCAGUGACACUGCCAGUGCAAUCAGGUUCGACAUUCGAGAGCGGGAAAAAAUGGACGAUUUUGUGCGAGAUGUCACAGAAACCUACCCAGACUUGGAUUGCGUCUUUCUAAAUGCGGGAGUUCAGAGCAUAAUCGACUUGAGCCACCCAGACAAAGUCGACCUAUCGGCUUUCCACUCGGAGGUGGAAGCUAACUUCUCAUCAUUUGUGGAUCUCACCAUGAAAUUUCUACCCUUCUUGAUGAACAAGCAAACCCAGACGAGCCUGAUAUUGUGA